CGAGACAUCCGACUUUUCUGACAGAGAGAAAGAUUAUAAAUUAUUGCUAAAGAAAAUGACAGGAAAAUUGACACAAAAUUUGUCAAAUCAAAACACCGUAUAAAUAUAUUUGCUUCCAAUUUUAUUGUUUCUUUUGUGUUUUCUCCCGCGUUCCCCAGUUUACAAAAGCGCACGUCCACAACUACGGCCCCCGAUAACUCGUGCUCUAUGAACAGCGCACAGCACACCUGUGCAAACAGCUUCACGAUUCAGAAUCUCAAACAAUGAGAACCUCAUAGUGAAUGGUAGCAUUGAGUGUAGAGUAGCGAGUGAAGCUUGCCACCUCUAUGUUAUAAUUGAUGGUACAAUGAGCGAGGAGGCGACCAAGGAUGCGAGCAAGAAGGACGCGUCCAACUGCCAGGAGGCCGCCGUACCUGGCGCCGCCGCCGACGGUGGGGCACAUGAUGCCUCCACUAAUGUUUCACAAACACAAAUCACACAGCUGACAGAGAGCUCGGUGCCCCCGACGGCGCUGGAGACCACUAAAUGGAUGUGUGAAGUAUGCACAUACGAGAACUAUCCGCUCUCACGAAAGUGUACGAUGUGCCGCACCUCUAAACCACUGCUGGGUGAAGAUAUAUUCAAGUUACAAGACGGCGCUAGUGCCUUGCCGACACAAGACGUCUGUGGUGCAGAUACGGUGGCGGAGCGACUGAAACCGCUGAGGAUAUCGUCGCCGCAGGGGCAGGCGAGUGGUGGCGCCGCCUCCGUCAACAAGUGGCCUUGUCCGACGUGUACGUACGAGAACUGGCCGAAGUCGCUCAAGUGCGCGAUGUGCGGCACGAGCAACCCCGCGCCGCCCGCGCGCCCGCCGCCCCCGCGCCCCCCGCGCCCCCCAGGUAUAAACGAUAACUGCAACAGUCAGAACACGGUGCACGAAGUGGACUCAAACACGAGGCACUCGAAGCGAAGAACGAACAACGCCGACUGGAUAUGGUUGCAGGCCUGUUUGGGCGUAGUGGAGGGCGACGCGCGGCGCGUGGAGGCGUACCUGGCGCGCGGCGGCGACCCGGCGCGCGCGCUGGCGCCGCACGAGCUGCCGCUGCUCGACCGCGCCUCCGCCUUCGACGCGGGCCACACGCUCGUGCACCUCGCCAUCAGAUUUCAAAGACAAGAAAUUUUAGCAAGUUUACUGUCUCGAAUAUCAGGGGGUGGCUCUGGCCUAAAAAGAUCUCCAUCGUAUAUAGCGCCAGAUUUGGCGUCGGCGAUACGGCGACACAUGGCGAGCUGUAUCCGGGUGAAGAAGGGCAGCUUUCCGUGCCGGUAUAUCAACGAGUUCUGCACUUUCUCUUUGCCUGCAGAGAUCGAGGAGCUGCCGGCGGCGAUCCAGGAGCAGCUGUUCUCGGAGGUGCUGGACCGGGAGGCGCAGCAGACGCUGGAGGCGGAGCCGGCGGUGAUCAACUGGAGUGGCGAGCUGACGGAGCGGCUGGGGUCGCGGCUGUACGCGCUGUGGAACCGGUCGGCGGGCGACUGCCUGCCGGACGCGGUGAGCCAGGCGGCGUACGGCGUGGCGGACCGGCAGCACUCGCUGCGCGGCGCGCUGGCGGCGCUGCUGGCGGGCGGUGCUGGCGGGUGGGGCGGGCUGUACGAGCGGUGGGCGGCGUGGGAGCGCGCGCAGGCGGCGCGGCUGCAGUACGCGCCCGACGAGGCGCAGCUGCGCGCCGAGUGGGCGCGCCUGGCCGCCGCCGCCGCGCGCCCCGGCGCCGCGCUGCGCCAGCUGCACGUGUUCGCGCUCGCGCACCUGCUGCGCCGCCCGCUGCUCGUGCUCGGCGUCGACCUGGUCGCCUCGCACCGCGGCGACGCGCUCGGCUACGCGCGCUUCAGGGGCGUGUACCUGCCGCUGCUGUGGGAGCCCGAGGCGUGCUCGAAGUCGCCGCUGUGCCUGGGCUACACGCGCGGACACUUCUCCGCGCUCGUGCCCAUGGAGCCCUACUCGCCGCGCCACCACUACAUCUGCCGUGAUCAGCAAGAGGAGCACGAGGACAUAACGUACCUGCCGCUCACCGACUCCCAGGGCAAGUUGUUGCCGGUACAUUUCUUGACAUGCGACGAGAUGGAGAACGCGGAGGACGUGAUGCGGCGCUGGCUGUCGGCGUGCGUGACGAGCGACGGGCUGCUGGCCGCGCGGCAGCAGCUGCACGCGCGCCCGCUGCUGCAGGCGCAGAUGCUCGAGGAGUGGCUCAACCACUACCGCCGCCUCGCGCAGCAGACGCGCGGGCCGUUCCCGCCGCGGCUGGCGGCCGCCGCGGACUUCUCCAGCGACGCCGACAGCGACGAGGAGUGACCGCGGCGCCGCCCACCACUCCGCACUACCGGCCACCUAACCGAUUACCGACCAUCAAUAAGUUUAACAAAAUAAACGAAACGAAAGGAAUAAUAUUAAUUUAAUAUUAUGACGGAUAUUUGAGUUUAGUUAAUUGUCAUGUUGCUCACUAUUACGAAUUCGGGGGUCAUUUUACUUAUAGUUGAAUUUAUUUAUACAACUUAUUGAAUUGCAAUAAUAUUAUUAUAUUUUAUAAUUGAGUAGGGAAAACUACGCGCUUAUGUAUCGAACACUAUUCACGCUCAGCUACUGUCGCGCUCGACAAGCUCCGCACCAGGGAUAGCGCCGGGAACUUCCUUUCGCGUGUCUUCCGUCUCAUUCGCACUCUAGUCUGUGAGGUAAUGAUCAAACAAUAUAUACUUAGGUAGGCUUAUACAAAAGCAUUCUUUCUUUUCAUUAUUUUUAUUUUCAGCCUGUUAUUAAUGUAUUAAUUUUUUUUACACAACACUACAUAAAGUAUAAGUACAAGACAACAAAAGACAAGUUCUGGUUUAUUGGCAUCAAUUUGGUGUUCACUUUGCAAACUGCAGUCAGGCGAGAGCUUCUCGAGCGCGACCAAUACGGCAACGAGCCGAUGUAUGACGUCGGCCGUUGCCCCUGUGGUGUUCACUUGGAAUGUUUACUGCGACACUAGCUGAUACUCGUAUUUGCUGAUCUUUAUAUAAUGUAUAGUAAGUAUUCUAUACAAAAAAAAAAAAAAAAUAGAGCCUGGAACGCGGGACAAAAUGCUAUUGGACUCAUCUAAUUGUAUCGUUGUUCCGACAGUACAAAUAAGUAUAUCUCAUCAUGGUCACAGCCUUCACAGUAACGCUUUUAAACACUUCACUACAAUCUGUGGUCUCGCAUAGACAAUAAUUUUUUUUUAAAUAUUUCGGCAAAGGAAUAAGUGUGAACGUUUAUGAGGUGCAUAAAUAAUUGUUUUAUUCGUACUAUCCUCCUGCAAUUGUUACUAAUCACUUGUAGUUGUUCACACCGGGUAUCCGUUACCACCAAACGAAUGUUCAAACGCUACAUGUCGGACUCAAACCAAGUAAAUUUAUAUUAAUGGCUUUGAAUCUGUAUUCGCUAGAUGUAGUAUAAGACAUGUUAGUGCUUUUUGUUUUAUUCGACUAGCAUAGAAUGUGACUUUCAUGGAACUUGGAAAACAAAAGUUUAACAAUAUUAAUAUAAAAAAAAAGAGUCUAUAAAAGUUGUUUACGACAGUGUACAGAGAGUAUAAGGUUAUAAUAUUUAUUACAUAAUUUUGGUUUAUAUUGUUGUAUAUACAAAUGAUUGAUUUGCAAAAUAAUUCUCUACAUGUAUAGAUCUGUGCUGCAUUGCUUAGUGCGCACGCGCGUGAGCAGGGCGCAUUGUUUGCCUCGGCGUCUCUAGGGGUUUACAAAAUUUGCAGUUUAGGUACUGGUUUUACUAAGUGCUGUGCGGCUCGUCGGCUGCGGGCCGGUGUGCACUUGUACUUAUUGAACGUUUUAGAAAAAUGACAUGUUCUCAGCAAGCAAGGGCGAGCACUAUUUUUAUUCAUAUAACUUUGGUGAAAAUCAAAUAAUAAUCAGAAUUACGAUGGGUAGGUAAGGAUGUGCGCAGACGGUUCUGAGGAUGCGUAAUUUGUUAUCAUGAAAAUCGACUUUAGCUUCUUGAGCACAAGACUCAUAUUGGUGUAACGUAACUAGCGAUGGAGUUGUAGGUGUGAAGCAUUGACGAGAAGUUCGUGCGUUGCCAAUCUCUUCGCCUCCAUAUGGUUGGUCUGCGCCGACCUACGAGCUGCUGCUGAACCGUCGUAGUAGCUCGCCGGCGCCGUGCGGACGAGAGACGCGCCGCACUGGCCGUGUUCAGCAGGCGGAGAGGUGAGAGGUGCGCCCGAACUCGACUUCCUAUCAUUAUAGUUCCACACUAGUUUGCAGAGCGACCGAGGCUUGUUACAUUAGAGUGCGCGCAUAGCGGAACGGUGAUUUCAGUAUUACUGUCCUAACAUUGAAUUACUGAAUUGCCUCUGAGAAGCUUGGUUUAAUCUAUUAAUAAAAUUUUUAAGCCAAUUAGAAUGUUUUUGUUUACCUUUGUCCUAAAUUGUGUAAAUAAUUUAGUGGGUAACGCCGCCACGGAUCACAGCGCGUAAUAGCUAACACCCGAGAUACAUUAAAAUUAUGUACCUAUUCUAUUACCUACUAAUAUUAAUCAAUAAAGCACUUAUUUUAUGAAGUUGUUC